AUGUUAAAUAUCUCAUACAUCAUUUGUAAAAACAAGUUUUUAUUAUAUAAAUUAUGUUAAAAGCAAUUUUUAUUUGCACCUUAUUAUUUUCCGUAUUUACAGGACACAUUAGAAAACCUCAUAAAUAACUUCAUAAUAAUAAGACCAGAACGUUUAACAGUGCCUUUUUUUGAAUUUGAAAAUGUAGGUGAAAAGGAUUAUCAUCUAAGUUCUAAGGAAGCCUGUAAUUAGUUUAAAUAUCAUUAGAACAUUGGGCUAAAAUUACUGCUGAAUUGGAUAAUACAUUUAUAAAACACUAAUCCUAAAUAGAAGCUAAUUCUAAAUACACCUCAGGAGUAGUUGGGGAUGUGGUUGAUCUUUCGAAGAAUGUGGGUGUAUACUCUUACACAGUUACAGAUAUUAAUGGAAAUAUUCUUGAAACAAAAGCUGGGGAUCAUUUAGCUCAAUAAUUUAAUCCUGCCUAUAUUAAAAUUACUUCAAAAAUUUAAGAUUCCACAUCUCUAAAUAUUCAAGAUAAUAACCAACCCUGA